AUGCCCUCUUCCAAAUUGUCUACCCAGUCCUCCGCCGACGACUCGGGCACAAACGUCAACGAGAGUAUGGUCCUCAUGGUUCCAGCUUCUCCAAAGACACCAGCACUUGAGGCUUCUGCGACCGGCGGAACGAUACAAAUCUCCAUGGAGGCUUUCCACUCUCUCCUCGCGGCGGUCGACACUCUCAAGCUGAACAUGGCGUUGGCUGAGAAGCAUAAUCAAGGACUGUCCGCAAAAGUUCAGGAGCUUGAUCAAAGUGUCACUUUGGUACGACAACAGAACAAGAGCUUGCAGCUGGAGGUCAAGAACAUGGAUCGCCAGCUUCUGGCGGCGCAAGAGAACUCUGGUGUACCGUUCUGCCGAUUUUCCAGACUUCCCCUUGAACUCCGACGAAAGAUAUUUCGAUCAGCUCUGAGCGAACCUCGAGUUGUCGUACUCAGACAUAGGUUUGACAAAGCUGUUGGACACCUUUUCUUACCAGUGGGGAACCAACCAGCACUUCUGAGUGCGUGUGAAGCUUCCCGAACAGAGGCCUUGCAACUCCAGCACAAUCUGUACGCCCCGUCAGAGAACCGAAGUCAAGAAGAGUCCGAUUCCUUACCGAAGAUUUACAUCAAUGGGGACGUUGAUACUGUGUGGUACUUAGUACAUUCUGAUUCGGGAGGGAAGGAUGACUUUUAUCCUAACGAAAGAAUGGACAGAAAGAUGCGACAAGCAUGGACUUGCAAUCAUGUUUCUUUAUCUAGCACGCUGAAGCCGAUUGCGCCUUUGAAAUUUGCCAUCUCAUGGGCUAUGUGGGAGUGGUUCUGCACCUACGGACUUCAGUCAUUUAGUGUGUUUAUGGACAUGCUCAUGGAAAUCGGAGUUCGAGAGUUGACUCUAGUGCUCGGGUAUACGGCUGCUGCUGCUGCUGAUGACGAUGUUAUCUUUGUGGAGCCACGAAAUAAUAUGGACUGGAAGCUGAAGAAGAUUCUUUCUUUUGAAAUAGACAACUUUGCGCCGUUCACUCGUGAACUUUUGAGACGUCGCGACAAUCCUUCAUGGAGCUUGUUGGAGGCCGAGUCAUUGGCCUUGAUGAAGAACUUUCAAGCAGCCAGAGCUCGCUUGAGGUACUUUCUGCUUCCACAGAAUGUAAACAUCGUUCCGGGAGAUUUCGCGUCAGGUGGUCGCUUUUUUCAUGUGCGGGAUAUGUCUGGAUGGACAGUAACUUCAAUUCGAUGCGUAGAAGCUAUCAGCAGAAAGGAGAUGGCUACAAUUUCUACUUGA